UGUAUGUAAAUGUCACUCCCUACGGUACAUCUAAGACUAGAUUUUUACUGAUUCAGCAUAAGCAAUCGCCAUCCUCUCGAGUCUUAGGUCUUCCGGUCAUUCGUGCAGUUAUUCAACUACACAACCCUCGGGAUGACAGAUUAUAUCCUCGGAACGCUGGCACGUCUCACAAAUUUCACCGCCUUCGUUGCAGAUAGGCAAGAAAACUCGUUCGAGAACUUCACAUGUUUCGGCACGUUGUCCACUGGUGAUGCGACAAUUCGAUGGACCACUCAUUAUUUUGAAUUGGACGUCUAUUCUUAACACGCAGUCUAUGCCUGGUCCCGAUGCCCAAAAUGCUUGUGCGAACAGGUCUUUUGGGUAUGUACACUUCUAUUUCACGGUUCUCUCUAUAAAGUCUGAACAUGGUCAUAUUCAGAUCAUCAUCCACCUCUUCCCUUUCCUCUCGCCUGACUCGCCUAAGUUCAACUUCCUGCCGACUUUGCUCAUACCCCUCAUCCAACUCCUACCAUGCUUGCUGCUCUGUCUGUCGUCCUUUUUGAUGUGGUGUACUGAGGUGAUUUUGAAGGUGGGGUAUCGCGCACACGCCGCUUACCAAGAGCGUGUCGCCAUGUUGGUGCCUCUGAUCACCCCCGAAGCGCUGCUGAGCCGUCGGGGAAGACAAGGGACUAUUGAGGCGUUAGUUGGUACCGGAUCGAGCUCUGAGGGAGAGGGGACGCAGGAUGUUUUGAUUAGAUGGACGGGACGAAUAUUCCUGUAUUCCAGCAGCAAUUUUGAGACUGAGCAAUGCUGAGUGAGAUUUUUGCAACACAUUCAUGUUACAUUCGAUUUCCAUAUCCUUCUGUCGCCCCUACCAUCGCAAUGUCUUGUUACUGGCUUUGAAUCUUUUUAAUGCAACAGUUUAUAAUGUUACUCUACAGAGUCUCAACAUUGCAUCAUCGCACAAAAUUGUUUUCAG